AAUUGGCCAAAACGCAGAGUUGCUGUUCUUGGGUUCGAAUUCUGCAGCACUCAACAACGUGCAUCGUGCAUUGAAAUCGGUGAGUAAAUGGUUCCUAAUUUUCUCAUUUCAAGAUUAACUGCUUCAUCAUUCACAUACUCCAAGAGUACUCAAACGCAAUUGGGUUCUCUGCUACAACACAAUGCUUUCCUUUGUUUCUUCAAUUCAUUCACUUCACGCACCUCUUCUGAUACUGAAUCAGAUAGAAACCACCCCAAAGGUGACACCUUUACCACGUGUUACCUCAUAAACACAUGUGGGUUGUCCCCACAAUUGGCUAAGGAGCUCUCCCAAAGGGUGAAUUUGAAAAACCCAGAUGGCCCAAAUGUUGUUCUUGAUCUUCUCAGGAACUAUGGGUUUUCUAAAGCCCAAAUUACAAAACUUGUGGAGAAAUGUCCAUUGGUGCUUGUUUCAAAAGCAGAGACUACACUUUUGCCUAAACUCAAGUUCUUCCAUUCUAUUGGGGUUUCCACCAGAGAAAUGCCAAAGAUCCUGAUUGGUAACUACCACCUCUUGGCGAGUAGCUUGAAGAAAUGCCUUAUUCCACGUUAUGAGAUCAUCAGAAGUGUAGUUCGUGAUGAUCGGGAAGUUGUUAGAGCUUUGAAAAAUUCCCCACUUAAUUUUACAUUUUCUGACAUAAUGAAUGAUUUGAUUCCAAACAUUAAGGUUUUGAGACAAUGUAGUGUGCCACAAGCUUCCAUCUCUCUGCUUAUAGUCAAUUUUCCAAGUGCAGCAUAUGCAAAGCAUUCCAAAUUUGUGGAAGCUGUCAAGACAGUUAAGGAAAUCGGGUGUAAUCCUUUGCAAACAACUUUUGUCAUGGCUGUCCAAGUGAUUUUAAGUAUGAGAAAAGCAACGUGGGAAUCGAGAUUUGAGGUUUAUGAGAGAUGGGGCUGGAACCGUGAAAUCACUCUUGGAGCAUUUAGAAAAUUUCCCAGUUUUAUGAAGUGUUCAGAGGAGACAAUUACCAAAAAAAUGAGUUUCAUAGUGAAGGAUAUGGUUUGGCCAUCAGAAGAUAUUGUCAAAUAUCCUACAGUUCUAUCCUACAGCUUGGAGAAGAGGAUUAUCCCUAGACUCUCAGUGAUUAAAAUCUUGAAAUCAAAAUGUUUGGUUGAGAAUAAUUUGCAUUUAGGCUCCUUUAUGUGCCAAACUGAGGAAAAGUUUCUGAAGAAAUUCGUCAUCAAUUUUCAGGAAGAUGUGCCUCUUUUACCAGAUGUCUACAAAGGUUUGAUUGAUCAUCAGAAUGUAAUAUAGUCUUUGAAGGAUUUUGCAGGCUACUAUCCUAACUUCUUACUAUCUAUUUCUGUGCUAAAUUGAGCUUUGAGUUUCUUCAGCUUUCACUUUCUGUGUCAACAUUUCGACUUUUGAGUUAUAGUUUUCUUGGGUACAGGGACUUUUGGUCAUAUUUUAUAAAGUAACAUGCUGGGAAAGACGGGUAGAUGUCAAUACUAGUUUUUUUCAUACUCUACUUUCCAUUAGGGCUUAGCUUGUUCUCCUCUUUAUUCUUCUUUUUCUUCUUUAUUGUUGGAGUUGAAGUCUGUGGUGUGCAGUGCAGGUUUUGAGUGAUAUGAUGGCUAAUGCUACCUUUCCUGAUAUAAAUAGAUUCUUUUUUUAAAGAAGUUGUGCUGCCUGUAACUUUACAAUAAUUUGGUAAAAAACAGUCUGGUAUUCUU